AGAUGCACGGCAACUACACGGUAGUUGAUCACACGUAUGACACAGUAGUUGUAGGAGCUGGAGCUGGUCUCCGAGCUGCGUUUGGGUGUGCUGAGGCGGGCUUCAAGACUGCUGUUAUCAGCAAACUCUUCCCCACUAGAUCUCACACCGUUGCCGCUCAAGGAGGCAUCAACGCAGCACUGGGAAACAUGGAACCAGAUGACUGGAAGUGGCACCAUUACGACACUGUCAAGGGAAGUGACUGGCUGGGUGACCAGGAUGCUAUCCACUACAUGUGCCGUGAGGCACCCAAAGCUGUUAUUGAGUUGGAGAACUACGGAAUGCCCUUUAGUAGGACAGACGAGGGUUUGAUUUAUCAGCGCGCGUUCGGUGGACAGAGUUAUAACUACGGCAAGGGUGGACAGGCUCACAGAUGUUGUUGUGUGGCUGACAGAACGGGACACUCCCUACUUCACACACUUUACGGACGGUCCCUCGCCUACAACUGCAGCUACUUUAUCGAGUACUUCGCUCUGGAUCUUAUUAUGGAGGACGGAGAGUGUGUAGGAGUUACAGCUAUGUGCAUGGAAGACGGCAGCAUUCACCGAUUCAGAUCACAGAACACGAUCCUGGCGUCCGGUGGUUACGGUCGCGCAUACUUCUCCUGCACCAGCGCGCACACCUGUACUGGUGACGGUACUGCGAUGGUUACGCGCGCAGGACUCCCUAAUCAAGAUAUGGAGUUUGUUCAGUUCCAUCCCACAGGUGUGUACGGAGCAGGAUGUUUGAUUACAGAGGGAUGUAGAGGAGAGGGAGGUUUCCUUACUAACAAGAACGGAGAGAGGUUCAUGGAGAGAUACGCUCCCAAUGCCAAGGAUCUUGCAUCACGUGAUGUUGUAUCCAGAGCAAUGACAAUUGAGAUAAGAGAGGGACGAGGUUGUGGACCUGAUGGUGAUCACUGUCAUCUCCAGCUGAACCAUCUGCCACAAGAACAGCUAGCACUACGACUGCCCGGUAUCUCUGAAACGGCCAUGAUCUUCGCUGGAGUGGAUGUGAACAAGGAACCCAUACCUGUCCUGCCGACCGUGCACUACAAUAUGGGCGGUACACCCACUAACUGGAGAGGAGAGGUGAUCACGUACGAUGAAGAGAGCGGCUGUGAUAAGGUCAUCCCCGGAUUACUGGCCGCCGGUGAAGUUGCGUGCGCUUCCGUACACGGUGCCAACAGGUUAGGAGCAAACUCUUUGUUGGAUCUGGUAGCAUUUGGACGUGCUUGUGCUCACACAAUAAAGGAAGAUUACACGCCGGGAGCUGCUCAAGCUGAACUCAAGGACAGUGCUGGCGAGGCCUCCAUUGCCAAUAUUGACGAGCUCAGACACAUGGAAGGAACCGAACCUUCUGCUAAAGUCCGACUUGAGUUCCAGAAGACCAUGCAGAACUAUGCUGCAGUGUUCCGAACAGGAGAGGUAUUAGAAGAGGGGGUAGAGAAGGUGCACGAUGUCUACAAGAAGAUGGAGCACCUCAAACUUUCAGACAAAGGAAUGAUCUGGAACACAGAUCUGAUUGAGACCAUGGAACUACAGAACAUUGCACUCAACGCUGUGCAGACCAUCGAGAGUGCCUGUGCCCGCAAGGAAAGUCGAGGUGCUCACGCGCGAGAGGACUACCCAGACAGGGUUGAUGAAUUCGAUUACAAGAUUCCCCUGGAAGGCCAGGUAGAGAAGCCUAUGUCUGAACACUGGAGGAAACACACCCUCUCCUUCCAAAAUGCCAAAACUGGAGAGUGCACUCUUGAAUAUCGACCCGUAAUCGACGUAACACUCGACGAAGAGGAGUGCAAGACGGUGCCGCCUGUUAUUCGUGCUUACUAGAAGGGAGAGGAGAUUGUUACUCAGUAGUUACAGACUGUUGUUACCAUAGUUACCACUGCACUGUUGAGUGUUGCGGCACUAGAGUUACAGUUUACACCCUAAGUUAUUUGUAUAUUUCAUCGAACAUAAUAUUAUUAUUAUAAUAUUAUAUUGAUCCAUUUUUAGACUUUUGCAGACUAGAUAAAGCAACGCAUUUCGACUUUGGAGUGACCCUCCAUGAACGAUCCGUUAUUUGGAUUCGGAUCGCGUAAAAUGUCCAAUUUGGAUGAUGCAUGAAUUCCUGGUCAAUUACACAAACUUAAAGGACAGUAGAAAAGUUGUUAACAUUUUUGGGAUUAUCAAAAUUCAGUGAGGAGAGCCUCAGUGGCUGCGUGACCCGCAAUUUUGUGAACCCUCUUAACGUUUUGUAUAGUGUUGAUGUAUUUAUUUUCGAAUUCAAUUGACCUCUAAAAUAAAAA